UAAUCUCUUACCAAUAAAAGAAAAUAUUAUAAUCUCUUACCAAAAAAGAAAAAAAGUACUGUAUAUUAUAAUCGAAUCUAACGUAUUGUCACGCAUUAAAGUAUGAGUUUUUUAAAUUUUUAAUUUUGGUGGAAAAUUCUUUAACCGAUAAAGUCAAUGAACUCAGUCUCUUGGCUUUAAAGGAACCUUAAUUUGCAGUUUGAAGUUUUGAACCAGCUCACAAUCAUUUUAAAAAAAAAAAACAAAAUUCCAUUUUAAACGGGUGAAAAUAAUGAACAGCCAAGAUACCCUCAUUGAAACCCAACCUGAGAGUUAUGCUCGAACGAACGAUCUUAAGGCGUUUGAUGCUCGAAAAACAGGUGUUAAAGGGCUAGUUGAUGAAGGAACAAAAAAAAUUCCUAGCAUAUUUGUACGACCACACGAGGAUCGUUUAUUAGAUUUAAGUAAAUGUCCAAAAGAUAUAAGUGUUCCGAUAAUAGAUUUAGCUCAUGUUGAUCAUGAAAGUAGUAGAACAAUAGAAAUUGCGAAAGAUCUUGUUUCAGCAUCAAAAAAAUGGGGAUUUUUUCAAGUGGUAAAUCACGGGAUACCCUUCGAAGUGUUGGAUAUGAUGAUUGAAGGUGCUCGAAUGUUUCAUGAACAAGAUGAUGAGUGUAAGAAGCAAUUUUAUAGUCGCGAUAAAUCAAAGGUUGUCACCUUUAAUUCUAAUUACGAUUUUUAUAAAUCGAAUGCGGCUAAUUGGAGGGAUAGUUUGUCAGUCAACACUACUUUUACUGGUGAAGUUGAUCCUCAAGAGUUACCUCCAAUAUGCAAGGAUGUGAUACUGGAUUAUAUCAAUCAUGUCAUUAAGUUAGGUGAUCUUAUACUCAUGUUGUUAUCAAUGGGUCUUGGAUUAAAACCAAACUGUUUAAAAGAAUUGGAAAGUUCAAAAGCUUGGAACUUAGUUUGCCACUACUAUCCGGAGUGUCCGGAGCCAGAUCUUACGUUAGGAACUAGCAAACACGCCGAUGCCUCCUUUAUUACAAUACUUUUGCAAGAUCAAAUCGGAGGUCUCCAAGUUCUUCAUGAGAACCAAUGGGUUAAUGUUGAGCCUGUAAAAGGUGCGCUGAUUGUUAACAUUGGAGAUGCACUUCAGAUUGUAUCCAAUGACAAGCUUAAAAGUGUAUAUCAUAGAGUGAUUGCAAAAACGGUAGGUCCAAGGAUUUCUAUUGCUUUCUUUUUCAAAGGCCUUUUUUCAUCACGAAAGUUAUAUGGCCCAAUUGAGGAGCUAAUAACAGAAGAAAAUCCAUCGAUCUAUAGAGAAUUUACACUCGAGGAGUUCCUCACACACUUUGUCUCAAGGCCACUAGAUCAGCCUGGUAUUGAUCAUUUCAAGAUACAAUUAUGAAGACGCCAAUCGGAUUUUUGGAUGAGAUGAUUUAUGCUUCACCCCUGAUCAUUGUAUUAAAUUGCAUUAUCAUCAAAAGUACAUGGAAAUAUUUUGGGUACCUAUGUGUAUUUCUAACAUGUUACCAGUGGAUUUAUUUUUAUUGGCGUUGUUACAUGGCAUGUCACAUGUGUAAUGUACAAUAUUUUGAACCACUACGAAUUUUAUUUAUUUCAAUUUUGACAAAAUAUUGUAAAUGGUUUCACAAAAUGUUUCGUUUUGAUCAUAGGAUUGAAAGUAAAAUUGCGGGCCUCAACAAUCAUUAAAUGGGCUGAGCUAAACAAGUCUUUUCUAACGUUGUUUACACAACAAAA